CCAGCUGCAAAAUGGCACUCCCUCUUUUUGGCGGAACUCAACAGAAGUCCACAAAGAACCUGAUCGAGUUCAAGGCAGGCAAGAUGGUCCAGAAGGGUAAGAUGGUGCACCCCGACACCCGGAAGGGCAUGAUAUACGUCUACAAGAGUGAGGAUAGUCUGACUCACUUCUGUUGGAAGGACCGGUCCACUGGGGAGGUUGUGGACGAUCUGAUUAUAUUCCCUGAUGAUGCAGACUUCUCACGUGUAACUCAGUGUACCACGGGACGUGUUUACAUCAUGAAGUUCAGGAGUAGCAACCGGAGAUUCUUCUGUUGGAUGCAGGAGCCCAAGGAGGACAAGGAUGAGGAAAAGUGUAAGAAGGUUAACGAGAUCCUAAACGGGAAUGCAGCAGCAGCAGCAGAGGAAACUACCCCCGCUGCCACUACGGCUACUCCCGCUACUCCUGCUACCCCCAGUGGUGCUGCUAAUCUGGGGCAAUCCCAACUCAUGGACAUGCUCUCAGGAACACCAGUCUCCAGCAGAUCCAACGGAGCGCCUGUAUCUGUUGCUGCGCUACAAAACAUACUACAGAACAUGCCCAGCAACGGGGGCGCACCUAAAGAAAGUGUCACACCUGCCAGUGUGAUCAGCAAAGAAGCUAUAGACGGUCUGCUGGAGUGUCCAGAUACUGUGGCUAAGCUAGAACAGCACCUCCCUGAAGCGCUGCGCGGGAACCCGGAGACAAUGCGCGGCACUCUCAACUCACCCCAGUUCCAACAGGGACUACAGCUGUUCAGCAGCGCUUUCAAGUCCGGACAGCUUGCUCCGUUGAUGAAGAGUUUAGGUUUUACAGAUAGUGCUGGCAAUGCUGCUGCUGGAGGAGACUUUGAGGCGUUUGUACGCGCCGUGGCAGACGCGACUAAGGAGAAGGAGAAGGAUGAUGUAGAGGAGGACAUGGCUCUGGACUAGUUUUGUUCGUGCAUCUAUCACGUGCGAGUCACGUGCGUGCCUUGCAUGUUUAACAGAAACCAGCUUAAUUGAUAUUUGUGGGAACUUGUGGAAACAAAUUGGGAUUUUUGAUUGAUGUAGACAUCAACACUGUGUGGCAUCUAUUUAAUAUUGCAAAACGGUUUUCUUUAUAAAGACUAUGCAAAGUGUUGAGAGAUCUUUUGUAAAGUUCAAUGUUUCGGUGUAUUUCUACAUUUGUAUCCUACAUGUACAUUGUACAAUUGUACAUUGUACAUGUGUCUUUGUAGCUUACUGUUUUUUUCCGGAGAUGAUCAAAUAUUUUGAGUUUUCCAGGUCUGCCCCCAAAAGUGUUUCGCUAGCUUUCUUUGCUGAUGAUAAUAUUAUGCCAAUAGUGACUAUAAUAAUGAACGGGAGAGUUUUUGUCGAGGAUAUUAAAUGAUUUUUUCAGGGAUGAGUUCUAGUCUGCGUGUGUAGCCGGUAGCCAAUUUAAACUGUAAUUUGUGAAUUUUAGCAGUUAAUACUAAUUUAGAAGUAAAGUAAAAAGAACUGUAUUUUGGAUUGGUUAUACAAUGUACCAAGUAAUAUUGAGUUAGCUACA